AUCGGGAUCUCCUGGAGGUGGUGCUAUUGGUUCAUCCUGAGCUUGUACCUCCAGGUACCUACUGUGGUGGAGCUCAGUGUGGGAGGCCAGGUCUUCACCACCACCACGGACACCCUGAGGAAACUCUCUAGCUCACUGGCAGAAAUGUUCUCCCGCUCAGCCAUGGCCUGCAAGGAUGCUGAAGGUCACUUCUUCACUGACCCCCACACUUAUUUCUAUCCCAUCCUGGACUACCUGAACAUGUUUGGUGAGCAGGUGUUCCGGAAGUAGUUUUGGCCGCAAGUGCCUAACUACAGUGAGAACCUAGGGCUCCUGCUGUGCCUGGCCCAGAGCGAGGCUGUGCGUAGGCGUGAAUAGAAGGUGGUGGUAUAUGCUGUUAGUGAGGGGCAGGCUGCACGGUGUGCAGAGCUUGUGUGUUUUCUGGAGUCACAAAAGAUGUCAGUUGUCAAGUUUGGGCCCUGUAACUCAGGUUAUGACAAAUAUGACCUUCUGUGGUGCCUGGAGAUGGAUUAA